CUCUGUCGAUUUCGAAGAUUUGUGAUAAAUGAUAGAACAGUGAACUUAAAUAGCGUUAAUUUGUGAAAGAAGUUCGAACAAUAGUGCUCUACAAGCGAGCAAACGAAAAUUGACGAGCAGCUUUCUUGGAAAUGGCGGACUAUUGGAAAUCAAACGAUAGGAAGUUUUGUGACUUUUGCAAAUGUUGGAUAGCGGAUAACAAAGCGAGUGUCCAAUUCCACGAAAAUGGAAAACGGCAUCAGCUCAGCGUUCAGAAGCGCAUCACCGAGAUUAGCCGCAACAGCUACAAAGCGCAGCAGGAGCAGAACAAGAUCGAUGCGGACCUGAAAAAAAUGAACGAUGCUGCAAUGAAGGCGUACAUGCAGGAUAUCAGUGCUUGUGCCGACAUUAGCUCGCGGGAACUGUACGAGAAACAGCAACAGGAGGAAGCCAAGGAAGCGGCCGCACAAGCGGUCGGAAGCGCGGGGCCGGUUGCGGAAAGCGCUGAACCUACCGGAUCGCGACCGAAGGCACCGCCCAAGAGGGGCAGGGAAGCGGAUCCGUUCUACCUGGCUGGCGGCGACAGUGACGAGGAUACGAAAUCGUACAGAGAGAAAGCGGCCGCUAAACGUAAGCACUCUGAAGAUGUCGCCAAAGCAGACGAAAAUCGUUCGAUGUGGGUUGAAGCCGCAACGGAUGAAGGUUACACUUACUACUGGAACGUGAAAUCGGGUGAAUCGGUGUGGGAAUGUCCACCGGAGGGUUUCAUGAAAAAGGCCGAGUACGAGAAGCUGUCGAAGAUGGCGUGGCAAAAGCAGAAGGAAACGGCCGAAUCGGAAGCCAAGUACGAGCUCGAGAAUGCGGAUGAAAUAGCGGCCCGGUUGCGGCGCGAAAACAUGGCACAAAUAUUCAGGCAAAACCGGAAGGCGAAGGAAGACUUUGAAAAGAUGGCCGACCGCAAGCGGGAAGCGGAAGCUGACGCCAAAUUGGACCGUGCCCGGAAUCCUUACGGAACGUGGGAAAAGGUGGAGCCUAGGGAUGUAAAACCGGUCGAUUUACAGCUACCCGUUGUGCCAGCGCCGCUUUACGUCCCGAGCGUGGCACCGGAAGCUCCACAGCCAAAGUUCAAAGAGAAGGUCGUUGAUCACGUACCUGCCGAAGUAACAGCCACAGUGAGUGAUGCGUUUGUGAAAAAGAGAAAAUUUCAACGCAACGUCCGGCAAAGGUUGGAUGUAGACUAAACGCGACGGUAGCAUGGAGAAAACGUAUAAAUAGAAGUAAAAGAUUUAAUUAAACUAGAAACUCCCGG